UUGGCGUCAAUCAAAUUCAGUUGAAAAAGAGUAGGUUCUACUUAAAGAGGAGAGGAAGAGAGGGGUUGGGUGGAAUUGCAAAACGAGGCAAAUCUGGAGCCUGCGGAAGGGAAGCAGAUCCGGUACAGAUCGCCUUCCUCGGCUGAACUGCUUGAGGCUCAGACGACUUCUCCGCCGUCCUCCGAUCAGAUGCUGAAGCGUCCUGGCAGAGGGAGCUCUGACUCCCUCUCCGACAAGCUCUACAAGCACCGCAGUCUCCUCCUCCUCGUCUCCGUCCCUCUUCUCCUCCUCACCAUGGUCUUCUACGUCAUGCCCUCCCAGACUCCUAUUCAGAUUCACUCCUCCAAGACCUCCUACGCCGUCAUCUUCGACGCCGGCAGCUCCGGCAGCCGCGUCCAUGUCUUCUGCUUCGACCACAACCUCAACCUCCUCCCCAUCGGAAAAGAUCUCGAGCUCUUCCUCCAGACCAAGCCCGGUCUCAGCUCCUACGCCUCCAACCCUCGCAGCGCCGCCCUGUCUCUCUCAGAUCUCCUCCACAAGGCCGAAGCCGCCGUUCCUAAGGACCUGCGUCCCUUCACCCCCGUCCGCGUCGGCGCCACCGCCGGCCUCCGGGCGUUAGGUGUUGAUGCAUCUAAUCGCAUUCUCCAGGCCGUUAGGGAUUUGCUCAAGCAGUCGAGCUCCCUCAGCUCCCAACCUGAUGCUGUUACUGUCAUAGACGGAACUCAGGAGGGCUCGUUCCAGUGGGUCACUAUCAACUAUCUUCUUGGCAAUUUGGGCAAGGAAUAUUCUGAUACUGUUGGGGUGGUUGAUCUUGGUGGUGGAUCUGUUCAAAUGGCGUAUGCUAUCUCUGAGGCUGAUGCUGCAAAGGCACCAAAGCUUUCCGACGGCGAGGAUAUAUAUGUCAGGAAAAUGUCUCUUAAAGGAACAAAUUAUAACCUCUAUGUUCACAGUUAUCUGCAUUACGGGUUACUAGCAGCUCGAGCUGAGAUUUUAAAGGUUUCCGAAGAUUCUGGCAACCCCUGUAUUUUAGAAGGAUAUAAUGGUUCUUACAAUUAUGGAGGAGAAAGUUUUAAAGCUUCCUCAUCUGGUUCAAGCAUAGAUGGUUGCAGGAGGGUAGCGACGAAGGCACUCAAAGUGAAUGAGGAUACAUGUACACACAUGAAAUGCACAUUUGGCGGGGUGUGGAAUGGUGGAGGAGGGGAUGGACAAAGGAACCUUUUUGUUGCCUCGUUUUUCUUUGACAGAGCUGCUGAGGCUGGUUUUGUUAACGCAAAAGAACCUGUUGCCAAGGUUCACCCUGGAGACUUUGAGGAGGCAGCUAAGCGUGCUUGUCAAACUAAACUGGAGGAUGCCAAAUCCACAUAUCCACAUGUUGACAAGGACAACCUGCCUUACUUGUGCAUGGAUCUUGUUUACCAGUAUACAUUGCUCGUAGAUGGAUUCGGUAUAGAUCCAUGGCAAGAGAUUACGUUGGUGAAGAAAGUUAAAUAUAAUAAUGCCUUGGUUGAAGCAGCAUGGCCACUAGGCAGUGCCAUAGAAGCGGUUUCCUCAUUAAAUUGAUUGUUUGCAGAUCACAUGGCCAUUAGGCCCAAAGAUUUUGUGUCUUUCUUAAGUGUUAGUUUGAGCUAGUGUCGAAGUUGAUAUAUGACUGUGGAAGUUUGUUCCCAGAUUCUAAUAACUUGCAUUGCAAGCUGCAAAUUCGUUUCCUUAACUAAUAUUGUAAGCUAGAGAUGAAAUUGAUGAUAAUGAUAUGACAUGUUGAGGUUUUAUUCAAAGAUUUGAAAUGACAAGCAAAAACUUACACUGCAAGCUGCAAAUAAUGAAAAAGAUGGAAAUGACAUUUGA